AUGAAUUUGGUAAGGUUUAGAUGGAUUUUGCAAUGGGUCAUCUUAGGAUUGUUUGUAAUUGGAAGCUCUGAAGCUGCUUUUCGACACGUUUUUCGUACUUCUGCGCAAGAUGGAUUUGCAAAACGAAAUCGACAGCUUGCAUCUGCGCAAAAGUAUGACCCCAAUUACAAAGGACAAUUUCAAUUAGAUACCUCUAGCAUCACUUUCAGUGAUGGAAUUCUCAGUGGUAUUUUACAGAAACAAGUUCCUGGAAACAUGGAGGAGAUAUUGUUUCCAUUCACAAUAUCGUUCUUAAAGGAUGGAAGCACUCGUUUUCAACUUGAUGAAAAACGUCGUCUGGAGGGUAAUGUUGAUUAUGAUGGUGCGAAAAUUCGAAAGGAUAGAUUUGAUGUUGCUCAAUAUCAUGAUUUGGGAAGCCGAAUUCACAUUGAUACAGAACACCCAGAAGUUACAACGCAUAAUAAAAAGUUACUGAAAGUCGAUUAUGGAAAUAAUCAGCAAUUUUCAAUGGUUUUGCAUUUCCAGCCAUUUAUGAUUGAGUUUCUGCGUGACGGUAAUGUCGAAGUUGUCUUGAAUCAACGUCAAUUAUUGAACAUGGAGCAUUACCGUCCUCGUUCCGAACGCUCUCAGAAGGAUGAAUCGCUAGGUAUGUGGGAGGAAAAGUUUGAUAAUAUUCUUGACAGCAAGCCUCGUGGACCCGAGAGUCUUGGCUUAGACAUUAGCUUCAUCGGCUAUAAACAUGUAUAUGGUGUUCCUGAGCACACUUCGUCACUUUCUUUGAAGGAAACAAACAAUUCUGAGACGGGAUAUACUGAUCCUUAUCGUUUAUAUAAUGUUGAUAUUUUUGAAUAUGAAGUCGACUCUCCUAUGAGUCAAUAUGGUGCAAUUCCUUUUAUGCAGGCACAUAAGGUAAAUUCAGAUGUUGGCAUCUUUUGGUCAAACGCUGCGGCUACGUGGAUUGACAUAGAAAAAGACGCAUCCUCAACAUCAACCCAUUGGUAUUCUGAGUCAGGAAAGAUGGACGUGUUUAUUUAUUUAGGUCCUACUGCUUUGGACGUUUAUGAGGCAUAUUCAGGAUUGACUGGCCGCACUCAGUUACCUCCCUUGUUUUCCAUAGGCUACCAUCAAUGCCGUUGGAACUACUUCUCUGAAGAAGAUGUUCAGACCGUUGACAACACAUUUAAUGAAGUUGACAUGCCGUAUGAUGCUAUAUGGUUAGAUAUUGAUUACACGUCUGGUCGUCGCUAUUUUACUUGGGAUGAAGCAACAUUUCCUCAUCCUCAAGAAACUUUAAAAAAGCUGGAUUCAAAUGGCCGUAAGAUGGUUGUAAUUCUCGAUCCUCAUAUCAAAAACGAUCCAAAUUAUUUCGUAUCUAAAGAUUUGUUAGAGAAUGAUUUUACUGUGAAGGAUUCGUCUGGUGUUGAUAAUUACAAUGCCGAGUGCUGGCCUGGAGAUUCUAUAUGGGUUGACUUUUUCAAUAUGGAAGGCCAGCAAUGGUGGGGAGAUCUUUAUUCUUACGACAGAUUUAAAGGUUCCGACAAGAAUUUAUUUAUUUGGAAUGACAUGAAUGAGCCGUCGGUUUUCAAAGGUCCUGAAACAUCUAUGCAUCGCGAUGCUAUUCAUCAUGGUGGUUGGGAGCAUCGUGACGUCCAUAAUAUUUACGGACAUGAAUGUAUUAACAGCACCUACAAGGGUCUGAUAAAACGAGAUCAUGGAGAACUUCGACCAUUUAUUCUCACUCGUUCUUUCUUUGCUGGCACCAAUACCCUGGCGGCUAGUUGGAUCGGUGACACUUUGAGUACUUGGGAGCAUUUUCGUGGAUCCCUCGCUACUGUGUUAACAAACGGAGUAGCCGGAAUGCCAUUUUCAGGUGCUGACGUUGCUGGAUUUUUUGGAAACCCAGACCCGGAACUUUUUGUUCGUUGGUACGAGUUGGGUAUUUUCUAUCCGUUCUUCCGAGCACAUGCUCAUAUAGACACAAAGCGUAGGGAGCCAUGGCUUUACGGCGAACCUUAUACUUCAAUGGUUCGUAAUUUAUUGGGAAUUCGCUACCGCUUACUUCCAACUUGGUACACGACAUUUCGUACAACUCAUAUGACAGGUCUCCCAAUUCUUCGGCCUCAAUUUUUAGUCCAUCCAGCAGACGAACUAGGUUUUGAUAUUGAUGAUCAAUUUUAUUUAGGCGAUUCAGGGCUUCUCGUAAAGCCGGUAUUGGAACCUGGUGUAAGUGAAACAGCUGUUUAUAUUGCAGAUGAUGAAACUUAUUAUGAUUUUUACGAUUUUGAUGAGAUGAAGGGCAAGGGGAAGCAUGUUGUUCCUGCUUCUCUAGGAAGAAUCCCCAUCUUAUUACGAGGAGGUAAUAUUUUAAUUACACGUGAACGUAUACGACGUGCCUCUGAACUUACUAUAAACGAUCCUUAUACUCUAUACAUUGCAGUGUCUGGUAAAACGGGAUCAGCUAGCGGUGAACUGUAUAUGGAUGACGGCACUUCAUUUGAAUAUGAAAAAGGCGCUUAUAUUUCUCGGAAGUUCACUUUUAAUGACGGUGUAUUGGAUGUAUUUGAUACUCAUCCACACCCUCAAUCAGGCGUACGAUAUGCAGAGUCUAUGAAGCAUCUUAAGGUGGAACGUAUCAAAUUAAUUGGCGACAAUCACCAAAAGAUUAAGAUUCACAAGCACGGCAUGUCCGGUGUUAAGAGCUGGGAUGUAAAGGUUAAUACGGACGGCGUCGUACAGAAACCUAAUUUAUAUUUAGUGUAA